UUCGUCAUUGCAUACAAAGCCCAUAUAACUGUCACUCAGUUUUCACCGCCGCUCCCGCCGCCGGCGCCAUGGUGGCACUGGCCACCCUCCUCCGUGCUGCCUCAUCAACCAGAAAGACCCUCCUUACAUUCCCAAAACUCCCCUCCCCUUCGCUUUUCUCCACCGCCUGCAGGAAAACCCAAUGUCCACCGCCGCCGGUGGCCAAGAAGGUUCCUUUCUCGGCAACAGUGCACGGAGUGACGUGGAAGGACCCCUACCAUUGGAUGUCAAACACCAGCGACCCUGAUUUUAUCCGCUACAUCAACCAAGAGAACUCCUACGCCGAUGCAUUCAUGCGAGAAACCCUAGAAUUGCAGAACACACUUUAUUCCGAGAUGCUUUCCAGAUUGCCCCCCGAUAUCACCACCCCUCCCCAUCGUUGGGGGCCCUGGUUGUAUUAUCAGUGCAUUCCAGAGGGGAAGGAGUAUCCCAUCUUAUAUAGGAAGCCGGCAGUUGAGAGAAAGGGUUGGGUAGCAUCAAUUUUCACUUCUUCCGGAGGUGGAUUUGGCAGGGAACAAGUGUUGCUCGACUGGAAUGAUAUCGCAGAAAAACACGGAUAUGUCCAUGUGAAUACUUGCAGAGUAUCACCAGACCACAGGUUUCUUGCAUAUACAGUUGACACCAAAGGUGACGAACAAUUUCAGCUUCAAAUAAAGGACAUUGCGGAUGAUUCUGUUCUUUCCCAACCGAAAGUUACCGGUGUUGUUAGUUUGGCUUGGGCUCAGGAUAGCUCUACUCUAUUUUAUACAUUAUGCGACCAAAACCUACGGCCUUACAGGGUAAUGUGCACCAAAUUGGGAUCACAUUCUGGGGAUGAUGCUGUGAUACUUACAGAAGAUGAUUCCUGCUUCUGUUUAGAUAUUGCAAGUACGAAAGAUGGGAAGUUUAUAACAGUGAAUUCUAAUUCAAGGACAUCAUCUGAGGUUUGGUUCAUAAAUGCUAGCAACCCGCGUGCUGGGCUGCAGAGAUUUUGUCAUCGUGUCUCUGGAGUUCAGUACUUUUUGGAACAUCAUCGUGGCAUUUUUUACGUCCUUACUAAUGCUCCUACAUGUAAAGAUAAGAAGUUUUCAGGCAUUGGAUUAUAUUUAGCCAGAUGCAGAGUUGAGGAUGCACAGUCAAAUAAUUUGGAAGAUUUCUUCAUUCCUAGUGAUGAUAUGUGUUUAUGGGAUAUGGAUAUUUUCAACGAGCAUCUGGUCCUCUUCCUUACCAAAAACGGCUCGGCUUCAACAUGCUCUAUCAACAUGCCAAUUGAUUUUGACAAUGAGAAUGAAAUGGAGAUUGAUAGUCUCGAUCCUUGGUUUUUUCCUCUGCCCUCUGACAUGUGUAUAAUCAAACCUGGUCCGAAUGAAGACUUCAUGAACACUGUAUACCAUGCUGUCCUGUCAUCUCCUGUGAUACCUGAUUUUACGGUUGACUAUGAUAUGUCGACUAGAACCUUCUCCAUUGCUCACCAGGAAGAUGUGAGAAACAUUUCAGCAGAUGUCCAGGGCGAUAGGAGUGUUGGGUGGAAGGAGUGGAAGGAUAUCUAUGAGAAAUAUUCUCUUAAUGACGAGGAAGUGACGAACACAGAUAUGCAUAAAAAUGAAAGUGUUUGGUGGAAGGAUUAUUCUGAGAAAUAUUAUUGCACAACGAAGGAAGUGAUUUCCCACGAUGGUGUCAGAAUCCCGAUGACCAUCCUUCACUCUCGGGCUGCAUAUCGAGAGGGUCAAUCUCCUGGGCUUCUUCAUGGAUAUGGUGCCUAUGGUGACGAUUUGGAUAAAAGCUGGUGUCCUGACCAGUUAAGCUUACUUGACCGAGGUUGGCUCUUGGCAUUCGCUGAUGUAAGGGGUGGUGCUGGUCCAGAUUUUUCAUGGCAUGAACGUGGUCGUGGAUUGAACAAAUUGAAUUCCAUACACGAUUUUGUCUCAUGCGCUCAAUCUCUAAUCGAUGAUGGACUAAUCCAUAAAGACCGGUUGAGUGCUUUGGGUGUGAGUGCUGGGUGUUUACUUGUUGGGGCAGCUGCCAACAUGCAUCCGCAACUGUUUCGUGCUACCAUUUUGAAGGUCCCUUUCCUUGAUGUUCUUAACUCACUACUGGAUCCAAGUUUACCUCUUACGACACUGGAUUACGAAGAAUUUGGAAAUCCUCAGAAUCAAUCUUGCUUCGAAUACAUUCUCAAGUACUCUCCUUAUGAAAAUAUUCCCGAGGGAGCAUGCUGUGCUUCAAUGCUCGUCUCAGCUGCGUUCAAUGAUUCCCGGGUUGGUGUUUGGGAAGCUGCAAAAUGGGUGGCUAAGGUGCGCGACACGACAUGUCCGAGCUGCUCGUCUGCGGUCAUUCUACGAACAAGCAUGGACGAAGGGCAUUUUGGCGGGGGUGGCCGUUUCGCUAGUUGCCGGGAAAAAGCGUUUGAUUAUGCUUUUCUAAUUAAGAAUACCGAUUUGCAGAAAUUUUGAACCUUAGCUGAAUGAAAGAAUUUGCAGAAAGCUCGGAUCUUAUGUUUUUAAUUUAACUAUUUAGGCAUACUCGUAAAUAGCAGUAGCCAAGAAAAAAGCUUACGCCACUUUGAUUUAUCAAUAGGUGCUUCUAGUAACCCGAUAUCUUGGAUAGUGGUAAUGAAUAAAUAUCUAAAGA